GAUGCAUACGCUCCUAUGUGCGAUUUUCCUCAUCCUCCAACUCUCGCCCCCCAUGCCGGUGAUCUCGUCACCCUCCGGUGCUCGGCAUUACAAAUCUAUUUUUAGCUUCGGCGACUCCUUAGCCGACACCGGCAACGGCCCUGUCAUCUUUGAGCGGUUCUCCAUCUUCAAUCGCGUCACACGACCUCCCUAUGGCAGCACCUUCUUUGGCCGCCCGAGUGGACGAGACUGCGAUGACCGGAUCAUCAUCGACUUCAUUGCUGAAAACUUGGGCUUGCCAUAUGUGCCCGCCACCCAGGUGCACAACGGUAGCUUCCAUCAAGGUGCCAAUUUCGCCGUUGCGGCCGCCACCACUCUUGACGCCGAUUUCUACCACGGGAGGGAUAUCCCCGGUGCACCCAGCAUGUUCCCCCUCAAUACCAGCUUAGGAGUGCAGCUUGAGUGGUUCGAGUCCAUGAAGCCAUACUUGUGCCGCACAGGGCGAGAGUGCAAGGAAUUCUUUGGCAGUUCCCUCUUCUUCGUUGGAGAGUUCGGCGUCAACGACUAUCACUUCUCUUUCCAAAAGAAAACGGUACAGGAAGUCAGGUCCUUCGUUCCAGAUAUCGUGGCAACCAUAUCCAUGGCCAUCGAGAGGCUGAUCACCAAACAUGCUGCGCGGAGCCUGGUGGUUCCAGGUGUGAUCCCGUCGGGAUGUUCACCGCCGAUUCUCACCAAGUUCGCUGAUGGCUCACCAGCAGCAUACGACUCCAAAACUGGUUGUCUGAAAGCUUACAAUGAGCUGGGAAUGCACCACAACUCGUUGCUGCAGGCUGAGCUGGCCAAACUCCAGGCCAAGUACCGGAACGUCAAGAUCAUCUACGCCGAUUACUUCGGCCCAGUCAUGGACAUGGUGGAGUCGCCUCACAAGUUUGGUUAGGGCCCUACCCUCCAUUAAAUAUAAUAUAGUAUAUGUUAGAACAAAUCAUAUUAUCGUUGUAAUCUCAACCUCUUCCUCUAUCUUCUAUUGUAUUCAAACUCUUGUACUCAUCCUUGUACGCCAAGGCAAGUCCUUCGGCUCUAUCAAUAUAUAUACGCACGCGGCUCCCCUCGUGGGAGUACGAACGCUUCAUACU